GUGUGACUGAAUAAAGCGCUGCUGUGUGAAGUGAACGGUGGUUCCCAAUAUCACGAUAAUGCCAAUUCGGCCAAGGAAUGUUGGGGCGUGUUCACAUAGUGAAGAGAUGCCGAUGCACUACAUCCGAAAGACUGAUAAAGCAUCAUACUCUAAAGACCAGAUGCACAGAGCAGUUACUGUCUGCAAGAAUGGUGAAAUGGGUGUACGCCGUGCAGCUAAAGAAUUUGGUGUUCCUAAGUCUACUCUUGCAAAGAAGGUGAAAGAGGCAAAGAAUGGGAACGAACACUCGGUCCGUCUAGGCAGAAAGCCAACCUUGCCACUGGAGAGUGAAGCGGAACUGGCCCAAGUGAUUCUGGACAUGGAAGCACGAGGUGUUGGAAUCUAUAGAAAAGACGUCCGUGCAUUAGCGUAUGAGUUUGCAGUUGGCAACAACCUGCGGCAUGAUUUUAAUCAUAAAACUAAGAUGGCAGGGAGAUUUUGGUUGGCAGGUUUCUUGAAACGCUAUCCGGACAUUGUCCCCAGGAAGGCGGAAGGAAUUUCUAAGGCUCGGGCUAGGGGCAUGAAUUGGCAAGAAGUGGGAAAAUACAUUGAUCGCCUCGGUAACGUCAUGGACCAUAAAGGGUUUCAUCAAGCACCUGAAAGAGAAACUGAUGCAACAUUGGAGACUUCCCUGAUGCACAUUGAUCAGCAAGGUCAAAGGUCAGAUGACGUUGAAUCUAACACUCCAUCAACAAUACAAGGUCAUCAAGAUGAAACCAUCUGUCUGACCAAUUCCAUGGAGAUAGAAGACGAAUGUGCAGGAGAUGAUUAUACCAAUGAAAAGAAUGAUGAUGAUACCACUGAGAGGAAGGAGAUGGAGAUUGAUCCAUCAGAAGAAAGGGAGAACAAGUUUGUAGAGGAGCCUGAAAACACCAAUAGUGAUGAUUACUGUGAUACCAAGGAUACUGGUGAUGGUCUUCAUAGAAACGAGAUGGUGGUUCUGUCAGAAGGAGAGCUCAAGUUCGUUAUAAAGCAAGAACCUGAAGACACCGAUGGUCAUACCAAUGUCAAUCGUUGUGACUCCUUCCUUCCAUCAGUACAUAGGGAGCUCCAAUCCUUUAUAAAGGAAAAGCCUGUUGAUAUUGAAGAGGAACGCCCGAUUUCUAAUACAAAGGAAGAGUCUGCAGACAGUUAUGAAGGAUCUUUUCUGCAUGAACCACAAUUAUGCAGCAAUCAAGGUGGGAAUCCAAGUAUUCAGACCACCUCUCAAGGGACUGGAAACACUGGGGAUAUAUCGGGUGAUACGUCAUGUGACAGGUCACAUGGGAAACAUCUUCAAGAGGAGGUUCCACUGCAAUCCCUUCUUGGAAACCAGUCAGAUUUAACUGAGAGAGAGAGCAGCUCAUCAAGUGAGUCUCUCUUAGCAAACAAAGUGGACUCUCUUGAAGGAGAGAGUGCUACUACGAGUUCCUCCGUAUUAAAUAGUGAUGGUAGAAGAUUGGAUGGGAAUACAGACAGCAGAGGAAAUAAGUUUUGUUGUUCAAUCUGCAAUGAAGAAUUCAAAAGCCGGGAUUGUUGGUGGAGCCAUGUGAAGAUCCAUUGGGAAGAUAAGUCUUACAAAUGUACCUACUGUGAGGAAAGAUUCCGGAAACACAACGAUCUAAGGAAUCACUUAACAAUCCACGCUGAGGAACGGUUGCAAGUUAGCGACAAACUCUUUGAUGAUGACUCAAAUCUUCAAUCAAGUGUGGUGGUUUAUAUAAAUGAAAAGCAAGAUCAUUGCUCAAGUAAAGAUAAGAGUUCCAAAGAGGAUGCACGCAUUGAAAAGUACUAUAAGUGUUCCAGUUGUGAAUCGCUGUUCCAAUCCUCUGAUGCUCUGAAGAGACACAUGGCAUCACAUCUUGAGUGUUUUUCUUAUCCAAAUCAACAUUUUUCUGAGGUGGACUUGACCUUUGGAAUCGACGGUCUUUGCAUGCCUAGCUAG